UUAAUACUCCCUCUGUUAAUAAAUCAACAUUUGUUUAUUUUCCUUGAUUCCUAUUGACAUUUGAACUAGCCUAUUCUAAAUUUUUUAUUGAAUAAUUUUUUCGCAUACUAUCAUAGAGUAUAGGGUGCGGAAAGGGGUUUGCAUCUCUGAGAACCAGUUUGGUUUCAUGCCUGGCAGAUCGACAACAGAGGCCAUUCAUCUCGUGAGGAGGUUAAUGGAAGAGUAUAGGGCUAGGAAGGACCUUCAUAUGGUGUUUAUUGACCUUGAGAAGGCGUAUGAAAUGGUGCCAAGGGAGGUCUUAUGGAGGUGCCUUGAGGCGAGAGGAGUUCCCAUCGUGUACACUCGCGCGAUCAAGGAUAUGUACGAUGCGGCUAUGACCAGGGUAAGGACUUCCGGGGGCGAUUCAAAUUCUUUCUCGGUAGGGAUGGGGUUGCACCAGGGGUCUGCCCUUAGCCCUUUUAUGUUCGCCUUGGUGAUGGACGUCCUAACUCAAGGUGUUCAAGAAGGGGUCCCAUGGUGCAUGCUUUUCGCGGAAGAUAUUGUGCUUAUCGACGACACACGUGAGGGGCUAAACGAUAAGUUGGAACUAUGGCGCCUUGCCCUUGAGACGAAAGGAUUCAGAAUAAGUAGGAACAAGACUGAAUACAUGGAAUGUCAUUUCAGCGGCCGGGAUACAGAAUCAGAGGUGGAAGUCAGGAUUGACUCUCACCUAAUACCUAAGGUAGACAGGUUUCGUUAUCUUGGCUCGGUAAUCCGGGCUGAUGGGGAGUUAGAUGGAGAUGUUGGAAGAAUGAAAGGUAAGUUCUAUCGAUCCGUAGUGAGGCCUGCUAUGUUAUAUGGGGCAGAGUGUUGGGCGGUUAAGAAGACUCAUGUGUGUCGUCUGCAUGCGGUGGAGAUGCGGAUGUUACGAUGGAUGUGUGGGAAGACAAGGUUGGAUAAGAUUUCGAACGAAGUUAUCCGAUGUCAGGUAGGCAUGGCACCGGUGGAAGAUAAGUUGCGGGAAGCGAGGUUGAGAUGGUUUGGCCAUGUGAGACGGCGGGAUGCUGACGCCCCUGUACGGCGAUGCGAGAGGAUUACAGUUAUCGGGAGAAGUAGGGGAAGACUUAGGAAGAAUUGGAAAGAGGUGAUUAGGCAAGAUUUAGGACUUCUCAACCUGACUGAGGAUAUGGCCUUAGAUAGGAACCUUUGGAAAACUAGGAUUAGACUAGCUGGAUAGGAGCUAGGUGUUGUAGAGGUGGAGCCGGGGGUCUCUUGAAAACAGCCUCCCUACUUCCGAGUAGGGGCAAGGUCUGCG